GUUAGGACGAUUACUAACUGACACACAGCAUGUGGAGAAGGUAUGUCAGAGCUGCAGAAAGAAUGUCCUAGAUCUAGUUCAUCGAGCUCGAGAUGCUAUUGCUGAGAUACAGGACGAGAUGUCUCGGAAAGAGAAACAGCAGAUGUACUGUGUGGCCUUAGCCAGAAUUCUUGAGAUGUGUCCUUAUAUCAUAGGGUUUGUGGACAGUGUUGUGAGGUCAUGUGACAGUUUCUUUCAUUUACGGCAUAAUUCCGAAACCCAGUUUGUUCUCGACUUAACAAAAGCAACCUUGACCUUGACAAGGAGACUUCCAAGCAUUCCCUUUGACCUGCAUUCUCUAUUGGAGUUUUUGAGACAGGAAAAUGGCAAGCUAGAAACCGAGGCAUUGUGGAAUGUUCUUGGUGCCCUUGGAGAAGCAGUGCGGUUGUCAGGGAAACAGAAGAAGGACCUGCUGCAGUUAAUUCUGUUGUCAAGGGCAACCAAGGCACAGUUAGAGAGUGGGGAGUCCCACAGGAAGAAGAAAAAACACAGUAGGAGGGACCGUGGAGGGACACAGCCAGGGGUCGUAACCAUGGAGAACUCUGACCUUGACCUGGAGAUAGCUAGAAUCUACAGUCCUGCUGUCUCCUGCCUGCAGAAGACUACCGUGACAACAAGAAUUGGGACACUGAAUUCACAGGAAGUGACAUCAGCAAUGGAGGAUCUGGAUACCAGGGAAGAACUGCUUCACAGAGGCGUGGUCCGAGUGGCCGGACUUCUGCUUCCUCGUGUCAAAAAUACUGAAAGUGAGGAGACCUGUAAACUGGUCCCCGUCUCCUCAAUGAAGGCCAACCUACAGAGUUUGACUCUGGCUGUAGCGUCUGGUAAUCCGGUUCUACUACAAGGACCAGUGGGGUGCGGGAAAACCAGUCUGGUUCAGUACCUGGCUGUGAAGGUGGGCAGGGUGGGGGCACCGGAGUUUAUGAAAAUUCAGCUGGGAGACCAGACAGAUAGUAAGGCUCUACUGGGUACGUACCAUUGUACAGACAUCCCCGGGGAGUUUGUUUGGCGGGCGGGAAUCCUGACACGGGCGGUGAUGGAGGGACACUGGAUUCUUCUGGAGGACAUAGAUUACGCCCUGAUGGAUGUGGUGUCAAUCCUACUCCCCCUCCUGGAGCGGGGAGUGCUGUCCGUACCGGGUCACGGAGACAAUGUUCAGGCUCAUCCCGAGUUUAGGAUGUUUGCCACACAAAGGUUGCUGGGAGGUUGCAGUGGUUGGUACAGACAACAGAGCAGCAGCUCCGUGUUGCUGGAGAAGAUGUGGACAAAGGUCAACAUUCAGCCCCUGUCUAAGGACGAACUCCGUGAGGUAAUCAACACCGUGUUCCCACAGUUGUCCACGGUAACGGAUCGUCUGCUGGAUAUUUACUUCCUGUUGUCAGCGGGGAAACACGAGAUCACAGGAGAGGAAGUAGUGACGUCCACCGUCGGGAAGUUCCUGUCAAAUGAAGGCCGUCUUAUCUCCACCAGGGAUCUUAUGAACUGGUGUCGUCGGAUUGCUCUGGAUUUUCAAAUCCAGCAAACCUCCACGGCUGGUCUGGUACUACAAGAGGCCCUGGACUGCUUCACUGCCUGUAUCCCCAACCCCCUGAGGCGAGUCCAGGUGGCUCAGGCGAUCGGGGCCAAACUGAACAUCACUCCAGACAGAGCUGAGUACUUUUGCACUAAGUAUAAACCCAGCACAGAGAUAACAAUGGAGAAAUUUACAGUGGGGAGGGUCAUUCUGGACAGACAAGUGAUGGAUCCCUCACUCAACCUUAUCAGAACAAGGACAACAUUUUCCUUUACCCGACAGGCCUCAGCAUUGCUGGAGAGGGUUGCUAUGGCAGUCAAGGAAAACGAACCAGUUUUAUUGGUCGGGGAAACUGGAACUGGUAAAACAUCCAGUGUCCAGUAUCUGGCUGCUCAGUUAGGUUAUAAGCUACGUGUGAUCAACAUGAAUCAACAAAGUGAUAGCUCUGAUCUACUGGGAGGGUUUAAACCUAUGGAUCUGAAGAUAAUAGUAAAACCUGUGAAGGAGGAGUUUGAGACCUUGUUCUGUUCCACAUUCUCUGCCUCAGAAAACGCUAAAUUCCUCAGUCAUAUCCAGGAGAACUUUUCCAGAAGUAAUUGGGCCAAUUUAUUUACCCUGAUGGAACACACGGUAGAGCCUGCCUUAAAACGAGGCAAAGCAGGGAAACUUAAUGUUGAGUUGCACACCAAGUGGAAGAAUCUAAAAAUCAGAAUCAAACGGUUAAAACUGCAGGUCAAAAGGUCAGAGAAUGCCCUGACCUUCUCUUUUAUAGAGGGCACACUUGUAAAAGCUCUGAGGGAGGGAGACUGGGUGUUAUUGGAUGAGAUCAACUUAGCAGCCGCUGAGACUCUGGAGUGUUUGAGUGGAUUACUGGAGAGUACUAAAGGCUCGAUUGUACUCACAGAGAGAGGUGACAUCUCCCCAAUACAGAGGCAUGAGACCUUUAGGAUAUUUGCCUGCAUGAAUCCAGCUACAGACGUGGGGAAGAAAGAUCUACCUAUAGGUGUCAGAAACAGGUUUACAGAGUUUUAUGUGGACGAGUUGGAGGAGGAACAAGACUUGAGGAUUCUGGUCAGUGAUUAUCUCUCCUCCCUCUCUCUCACCCCGACCCACAUCCAGGGCAUCGUCAAGUUCUACCUUGCUGUGAAGAAAGCAGCGGUAGACAAACUGAUGGACGGGACCGGACACAAGCCACACUUCAGUCUGAGGACAUUGUGUCGGGCUCUGAGGUUCGCGGCGUCUAAUCCCUGUGGACAAGUGUCCAGGUCCCUGUAUGAGGGUUUCUGCCUGAGUUUCCUGACCCAGUUAGAUAGAGCCUCUCACCCCGUGGUUGUGAACCUCAUCACGCAACACAUUGUGGGCAAGUCCAACAUCAAGUCCCUCCUGAAGCAGGGGAUCAGGGAGCCCCUAGAGGGAGGGUGUCUACAGUUUGAGGGGUACUGGGUGUCAAAAGGCAGGGCCACACCCACUGUGCCCAGUAAUUACAUCCUUACACCCUCAGUCAGGGCUAAUCUUAGGGAUCUGGCCAGGGUUGUGUCAGCAGGACAACACCCAGUUCUGCUCCAGGGAGAAACCUCAGUAGGUAAGACAAGCUUGGUGAAUUAUUUAGCUCAGAGCAGUGGAAAUGUGUGUGUACGUGUGAACAACCAUGAACACACAGACCUACAGGAGUACGUGGGAUGUUACUCAGCAGAUCAGACAGGCAAACUCGUGUUCAAAGAAGGUGUGCUUGUUGAGGCCAUGAGGAAGGGACACUGGAUCAUACUGGAUGAAUUGAACCUGGCUCCAACAGAUGUUUUAGAGGCCCUCAACAGGCUUCUGGAUGACAAUCGAGAACUUUUCAUCCCUGAGACCCAGGAAACAGUGAAGGCUCACCCAAAGUUUAUGUUGUUUGCCACCCAGAACCCCCCGGGCUUGUAUGGGGGACGCAAGAUUCUGUCAAGAGCCUUCAGAAACCGAUUUAUUGAGCUCCAUUUUGAUGAGAUUCCGAGUUCUGAGCUUGAGACAAUCCUUCACCAGAGAUGUGAUCUACCUUUGUCUUACACCAAACGACUUGUGGCAGCCAUGUUAGAUCUGCAGACCAGAAGACGUGGAUCGGGAGUAUUCGCUGGGAAACAGGGCUUCAUGACCCUCAGAGACUUGUUUAGGUGGGCAGAUAGGUACAAGUGCAAAGAGGUCAAACUAGAGAAGAAGUUUUAUGACUGGGACCAGCACAUGGCUGACCAUGGUUACAUGUUGCUGGCGGGCAGAGUGAGAAAACCGGAGGAGGCAGCCAUUGUACAGGAAGUGAUUCAGAAGCAUCUCAAACGCACUGUUGACCCUGAUCAACUGUUUACGCUGAACUCCCAGACAUCACCUACCACAGUGUCAAUACUGAAGAGGGUGAUGGGAGACUCACCGGCGGGAUUUGAACACAUUGAGUGGACGUACGGAAUGAGACGCCUGGCAGUUCUGAUUGGUCACGCUGUACAGUUUAGAGAACCUGUCCUUCUUGUGGGGGAAACUGGUUGUGGUAAGACAACCAUCUGUCAGCUGUUGUCCAAGUUACACGACCUUGACCUACAUUCCAUCAAUUGUCACCUUCACACAGAGAGUGCCGAUUUUCUGGGAGGACUUCGACCGUGUCGGUCUUACAGCGAGGAGGAUUCAGGCGGUCCUAAGAAGUUGUUUGAGUGGGUGGAUGGUCCUCUGGUCAAUGCCAUGAGACGAGGGGACAUGUUUCUUAUUGACGAGAUCUCAUUGGCUGACGACUCCGUUCUGGAGCGGCUGAACAGUGUGCUGGAACCUGAACGGACCCUCCUGCUGGCUGAGAAGGGCGGGGAGGAUGGAGGGGGGAAUCAGGUUGAGAUCGUGGUGGCGGCUGACAGGUUUCAGGUGUUCUCCACAAUGAAUCCCGGCGGGGACUUUGGUAAAAAAGAGUUAUCCCCAGCUCUAAGAAACCGUUUCACAGAAAUCUGGUGUCCUCAGACCAGUGAACGAGCCGACCUGAUACGCAUCAUUGAGCACAACCUGUCACCUGGUAUUCACCUUGGUAACCAGGAGGAUGGGACAAGUGGAGUGGGUCGGGUCAUCAUGGACUUUGUGGACUGGUUCACCAAUAACGAUCUAGGGAAAAGGUGUACUGUGAGUAUCCGUGACAUCCUGUCCUGGGUCAACUUCAUCAAUGUCUGCUCAAUCAAAAUAACACCGGACGCCAUGGAGACAGAACCAGGAUAUAACCAUUUAGAACCAGUUGUGGCCUUGAUCCACGGAGCAUGCUUGGUGUUUCUUGAUGGACUAGGAGCAGGAACCACCAGUAGAGGUCGUGACUCAGAUAUCGCAAGUCUGAGAUCUGCCUCUCUCUCACAUCUCCUACAUCUCAUCAACCAAAUAUCUCACCAGUCACAUGAUCUGAAAUCUCUUGGACUAUUGGACAAGAAUUCUGGGACCUUUGAGGGGGUAGUGAAAGUGACACCAGAUGCGUUUUGUGUUUGGCCAUACAGCAUUGAUCGAGGUGUGCUUGAGAGUGGUCUGGAUGAGAAAUAUGCCCUCCAGGCUCCUACCACUUGUGUGAAUGCCCAGAGAGUCUUGCGGGGUCUGCAGCUGCCCCGCCCUUUGCUUCUGGAGGGAUCUCCAGGGGUGGGGAAGACAAGUCUGGUGGCCGCCAUCGCUAAAGCAGCAGGAAAGGAACUGGUCCGCAUCAAUUUAUCAGAACAAACGGAUGUAACGGACCUGUUUGGGGCAGAUUUACCUGUGGAGGGAGCAGAAGGGGGGAGAUUUGCCUGGAGGGACGGUCCACUACUCAGGGCCCUAAAACUAGGUCACUGGAUUGUACUGGAUGAGUUGAACUUGGCCUCCCAGUCCGUGUUGGAGGGACUAAAUGCCUGUCUGGACCACCGCGCCGAGGUCUUCAUCCCGGAACUGUCCAAAACCUUUCACAUCCAGCAUCAGAAGACCAGGCUAUUUGCCUGUCAGAACCCCCUAAACCAGGGAGGGGGCAGAAAGGGGCUACCUCGGUCUUUUCUAAACAGAUUCACACAGGUUUACAUAGAACCAUUGACCUUCAAGGACUUACUAUUUAUAGCUCACAGGACAUAUCCAGAUAUACCCUGUAACAUCCUAUCUAAUAUGGUUACAUUCAACAUGAAGAUAGAACAGGAGACUGUGGCUGAGGGUCGGUGGGGUCAGAGGGGAGGACCCUGGGAGUUCAACCUCCGCGAUCUGUUCAGGUGGUGUGAACUUCUACUGAAGAACCAACGGACUGUAGAUGACCUUGACCCUGGAGAGUUUGUGGGACUGUUGUACAGGGUCAGAAUGAGGACAAUGGAGGACAAACAAAGGGUGUUGGAUUUGUAUGACAGAGUAUUCUCCCCUGACAGACCUGCCUACACCUCUUCCAGACAGGUGGUUAUCACGGACACCCAUGUCCAUGUAGGUCACUCCUGUCUGCCUCGGUCUGAAGUCCAGGCCCCCUCCCCCAGGGGUAAGGCCAGGAAGUCCCUGUACCUCCUCCAUCACUGUCUGGAGCCCCUGGAGUCGAUAAUGAAGAUUGUAGAGAUGAACUGGAUGAGUAUAAUUGUUGGUGGUCCAUCAAGCGGAAAGUCAACCUUGGUACAGAUUUUGUCACAGUUGACUGGAAACAGACUCCAUGUUUUAGCUACAAACAGCGCAAUGGAUACCACAGAACUACUGGGGGGAUUUGAACAGGCAGACAAGAAAAUGCAUGUAGAAGAGUAUGCUACAGAGAUGGAAGAGGUCAUGACCUUAUUGCUGAACUGUCUCCUUGGUAACCAUGAUAUAAAAUCCAGGGUCCAGAAGUGGGAGGAGAGGAUAAAAGAGGCGGGUAGACUGACGGAAGUCUGGGGGCAGUACACAAAAGUGGGGGAAAAGUACAAAGGUAAACAACUGACAACAACAGAGGAGGCUGCCCAGCUUCAGGAGAGAGUGAACGCCCUGGAGGAGGUGUUCAAAGAGGUCAAGUCAGGGUCAGCACAGCUAGGGGAGGCCUUCCAUAGGUUACAGCAGAAGAGAUCCAAGGCUCUGAUUGGUCUGGAGGAAUGGAAGGCAGGACAGGGGGCGGGGACUUUUGAAUGGAUUGACAGCUUGUUGGUUCAGGCCUUACAGAAUGGGGAGUGGCUAAUGAUUGAUAAUGUUAAUUUUUGCAAUGCAUCGGUGUUAGAUCGGUUGAAUGCCCUGUUGGAGCCCCAUGGUGUGCUGUCUAUCAAUGAGAGAGGAGUGAUUGAUGGGAAGAUCCCCAGUAUUAGACCACACCUAAACUUCAGACUGUUUUUAACAAUGGACCCUAAGUUUGGUGAGAUUUCCCGAGCAAUGAGGAACAGAGGAGUGGAGAUAUAUAUCCCAGGGGAGGAAGAAGGAAAUGUCUAUUCAAAGCAGGAUAUGAUAGUGAUGCUUCAUGGGAUAGGUGUAGAAUGUAAGAAGGUGUCUGAUUGGUUGAUUUCUCUGUAUGUAAACAUGAGGGAGGUUUUACCAAAGGGAGAGAGGCCACACCUUCUACAGCUAUUACAGUGUGGAAUGACCAUUGUCCAGCAGACAGACAGAGGGAUAGCAAUAGGGGAGGCGGUCAAGUGGGCGGCAAAAGAGAUGUUUGUUAAAAGCAUCAAUAACACAGAAACUAGAAAGCAUGUUACAUCAGUGUUGGAGGAACAUUACCAGGACUGUGAUUUGGAGAUGUCUGAUUCUGAUCUACACAGAGUUAUCCCCCUUAGUCCUGUAUCUGACCAUGUCAGGGACACAUUCUCAGCCAACCUUCAACAACAUAGUGCCCUGAUACGGAAUAUACUACAGGACAUGAUAAAUAGACUGUCUUCUGAAAAUGUUGAAAGAAAAUCACAUGACCUGUAUACAUGGCAGAGUCUCUUGUCUGCCUCUAUGUUGUAUGUGGACCUCUCUACACCAGACACACUCACACUACGUUCCCUGCUCCUUCAGCAGAUGUUUGAGAGUUAUAGGAAAGUACUGAGUAGGUCAAGGUCAAAAUCUCCUCUGCUUGAUGUCACAAAAGGUCACCUCGAAUUGGUACAGGAUGUCAUGGGACAGGUGUUCAACAAUGUAAAGAAUCUAGCACUGGAGAAAUACAGAAAAUUUGAUAACACUGAUAUAAGACAGCACUACAUGGAUCCUCAUCAUUGCCCCCAGGUUCUGAGGUCUGUCAGUGGGGGAGGCAGUUAUGUGUGGGCUGUGAACCUCUACAUUCUGGUGUCUCAAGCCAGUAGGAUAUUAUCAUUGGGGGCUCCACAGGUGGACAGAUUGAAAAAAUUCUUAGAGGAAGGGAGCAAGGAGAGUUUUGAUGUUGAUUAUCGGAUCCUUGAGAAUCUGAUGAUAGAUGUUAUACAGACGGAUAAAAUCCUACAACAAUUCAGCCAUCUAGGUCAGGACAGGGAUCUACAAUACGUAAUUAAGGUGAUGGACAAGAUCUCUUGGGUUGCUAGGAUGAGGGAGGCCUUGGUUACCUACACACAUGAUCAUGACAUUAACAAGGUCAUUCUAUUCUACUCCUGGGUCAAGGACAAACUACUGCCUGUAAUGGGUGACAGGUUUCUGGUGAGUUUUCCACAUCUGCACAAGGCUGGGGAGAUUCUGCUGUCAGGAUAUGAGGAGACAGAUUGUUACAUCAGGUUUCAGAACUCCCAUGGUCACCCACCUCCUUACAGAAACCAGAAAGAAGCUGAGGAUAGUUUGACCUUGAUUGACCUCUGUAAACUGUCUGAAAUCCAUAGAGAGGCUGCUGACCUCAUUACCAAGUACAAAGUAAAGUUGCAUCUAGACAGGAGGAGUGAACUCAUUUCAUUAAUAAUGAAUCCACUGUCUGAAGUGAAAAUGGGAAUUGCACAUGACAAUAACACAGAGACCAUUAGAAAAGUUAGACAACUCCUGCUCCAGUAUAAUCUGAUACAAGAGGAAAAAGAGGAAAUGGACCAAUCAGAAGGCAGCAGUCUGUCACAGUGCAGCCAAUCAACAUCUGUUAAUCAUGUUGACCUUUGGCCUCUUCAUGAUCACAUGUUUGUCCUUUCUGAACUCAAACUAGUCAAUGAAAUGUUUACAUCAUUAGAACCUAGAGUUUCAGCUGGGACAGGGGCAUUAGUUAACUAUGGAUCCCAAUUUACACCUGUGUCACCAAUGUUUUUAACAAAACUGAAAGCAAAGUCUGAGGACAGAAGUCAGGAAGCUGCCAGUAACGCUUUGUGUGAGAUACUUUGUGAUUUGUACCAACAACUGUGGACCAACACUUCCACUACAGGACUUAACUGGUGGUUAACCUGGUCCACAACUCCUCAGAGCAUGACAUUAAGUAUUGAGAGGACCAGAGAAAAUUUGGGUCCCGAAAGUCUUCACAAGGCAGUACUGAGUCAAACUGCUUACCACCUGAUGUGUGGAGGUUGUGAGGGAACACAGAAGUUAACACAGGACAGACAGCUUCCUGUCAAUGUACCCCUGAGAGACUUAAAUAGAAGGCUACACAAAUUACAGAUUCUGUCACAGCACAUCUGGUCUCAAGGUUCAGUGCUCUGUAAUGGGAAUCUCAAGACUAGAAAACUGGUGAGAGAGCACAUCAUGCAAGUGUUUGUAUUAGUACUUCACUCCACUGUGACAAUGUUUAGAACAAAGGAAUCCGAGGACAAAUACAAACAAAGUGUGUCAGAGUUCAUCACAUGCCUCCAAAACAAAGACCCCUCUCAUAGGGACAGUGAACAUAUAAUCCAAACCAUAACAGAUCUCCUUCAUGGAGUUAUGGGGACUGAUCUAUUUAUAGCCAGGGAGUGUUUGAGUGGAGUACUUGCAAUUUCUGAUGAUGAGGCUGAUAUGAAUACAAUAGGGAGACUGUGGGUGUAUGUAGGUCUACUGGGCAUGCUCCUCUACAGACCAAGGUCUCCUGUUGAUCCUGUGGUCAAAACACGGAUAAAACUACAGCUAAAACAAAGGGAGUUGGAGGAGAUUAAUACAGACAUUGAGGUCAAGGUCAUCCAUCACAGGCAAAUGACAGGUCUACAUCUGCUGGACACGCCCUCCCACCUACAGCAUCCUUUGAUCCUCCACUUGAUUGACAGGAGGGAGAAGUUACAGAGACAGAUAGAGACCUUACAGUCCCAACAGGCCUACAGACCAAGCACCUGUCAGUAUAAACAACUUCUGAAUAUGAUAAGGGACUUUGUCAAUAGCAAAGGAUCUGUCACUCACACAAUUCAGCUGAUGGAAAAAUUAUUAAGGGUUUGCAAAUCUGGAGAAUUAAUCAAUGAGAUUGCAGAAGAGAGGACCUGGCAGAAAACUCACCAGCGAUUGGUCAGCUCCCUAGAGGAGGAGUUCCCUUUGUACAGAGACAUCACCACACCUUUCAUAGUUGCUCUCCAACAGGUGAGAUGUGGUAUAAGGCUGAUUGCUGGCUGUGCGAAAGAAGCAUACAAUGCUCAACAACUGACAGAAAGACUGAAGGUGACCAGUCAGGUCCAUGAGACAAUAGGUCACAUCAAGGAAGCAGCUCAGCUUUUAGGAAAAUUCCCAUUUAUUUCAUCAGAUGUGAUCAGCAGCCUAAAACUAGCUCAGAAAAUCUUGUUAGUGGAGAAACUGGUAUCAGGUGGUGGGGGUCAAGUGGAGGAAAACAGGACAGACCACACUUCAAGACUGUACCUUGGUGCAUUAUUUUUACUGCGGAACUCAGCCUUGAUGAGAAAAGAAUUGAACAGAGAGAUCCUGUUGUCUCUGCACCAAAUCUUCAAUCGUUUUAUGUUGUCAUGGAAACAACAGGAGGAGAUACGACGUCAGAAAGAGGCUGAGGAGGGUCUGUAUAAAUACAAGACAAAACUCCAUGGUGAUGACAGAGACAACGAGGUGAUCGAGGAGGAGGAAUUCAGACAGAAUUUUCCUUCCUUUCAACAGGAUUUCCAAGACUUGAUAACACCUUCUUCACUGGAAGACACUGGAUUUUCUGAGCCUUUGGAACCUGAAAUAGAAGAUACACCCCAUGGAGUUACAGAGAGAGAAGUGACUGCUGUAAGCCACACCCACCAGCAACUGUUCUCAAGUCUGUCAUCCUCUGAUUGGUUACAGCAAAGUCAUGUGACAGAGGUCACAACCCAGGACAUCAUAGAGCCAACAUUGCUGUGCUAUAGCAUUGCUGCACCUUUGUAUAGAGGGCAAUGGAACUUGUCAGAAGUGGAAACACAGACAUUAGGGAGCCACCUGCUGGCUAGUCAGUCACUACAAGAGGAGAUAACUCCUGUAUAUGAUAACCAGGCUGAGAAAGCAUCACCCCAGGGUUAUGAUGUUUACCAUGACCCUAACUUGUCAGAGGUCAUUAACUGUGUCCCUAUACUUCAAAGACUGAUGGUCAGAGUGAGAGAACUUCAAGAGGAGUGGCCUGACCACCCAACAUUAAUACAGGUGAUACAGAUUAUAGACAGAAUCCUGUCAUUCCCUGUAACAUUACCUGUCGUCAAGUUCCUCACAGGUCUAGAACUUCUGCUGGAGAAAACUCAGGAAUGGGAAAGCAAUGCAGCUAAGCAUGUUUCUAUGGCAACACAGUUAGCAGAAGUAUCAUCUCAGAUUUUGGCCUGGAGAAAACUAGAGCUCAGUUGUUGGAAGCAGUGCCUGGACAAUGUAUUUGUGAAGCAGUCCAAGAAAGCCAGCAAAUGGUGGUUUCAUAUUUAUCAGCUAAUACAGGCAACUUGUCUACAGGAGGAGGGUGUAGAAAAUUUAGAAACAGAAGAGAGAGACAUGUCAGAGGUUAUGGGGACCUUGAAAGAGUUCAUGGAGAGGUCCAACCUAGGGGAAUUUGAGGCCCGACUAGGGAUGCUGAGGUCUUUUCACUGUCAAACCAUGUAUCUCUGUACUGAGGCCACAGAAGGGAGAACUCAGUCACAGGAUGACAUGAUGAGCUUACUUUGGAACCUCCAUCAGUUUUACAGCCAGUUCUUACCAUUGGUCAAAGAAAAAAUACAAAAACUGAGACAACCAAUAGAAAAAGAGCUCAAGGGGUUUGUAAAAAUUGCCCGCUGGACAGACAUGAACUUCUGGGCCCUAAAACAGACAACAGAGAAAACACAUCGGACAUUGCACAAACAGAUGAAGGCUUUCCAGGUUGUUUUAGAACAACCAGUACAGGGCAUAUUGGCAGACCCAGACAGCAGUAUAGAUUCUACUGGUCAAAGGGAGAGAACUCUAACAUGGAGAGAUACAUACAUCUCAGCUGUGCAGUGUCUGAUAUCACACAAAGUCAGUGUACAGCCACCACUUUCAGAGUUACCUGCUCUUGGUCGUGGAGGUCUACACAGCCGGCUUGCUCAGUUAUCGGUCAGAAUGUGUAAACAUUGGAAAUCAUUGACAAAGAGGCUCAAGUAUGACCAACUUAUUGUCAGGCUUGAUGAGUUUACAGGAGAAGUCAUUGAAUCCAUUCAUGAACUUCAACAAUUGGAGGUGUCACAGACAGCUGACAAAGAAAAACAGAAGUCUGAAGCUAAACACAUUGGACAGAAGAAAAGGAAGGCUCUGAGUGAUCUGUUUAAAGAAAUAGCACAGCUAGGUCUGUCAUACAGGAGGGGACUUCUCUGUGAUGCUGAGAGUAAUCUCCCUUUACUUGUCCCACCACUAGAUGUCUCUGUCUGCUCAGAUAAAUUCACCACAAGUAAGAACAGUGCUACAGAAAUAGGUCAGAGUUGCCAUGACUACUACUAUAAAUGUGUUGCCAGAAGAGCCAAGUUUGCCACAGCUCUACAAACUCCCUCCAAGGAACUAGGUGUUGGGAAUAUAGAAAGGUGUAAAGGAUUCACUGAACACUUAAUGAAGUUAGUGGUGGAUCAGUAUUCUGGGGUGGUGGAGAUUCACAAGGCUUACUUAUCUUUAAGCUCCUUGUCUGAAGUGUUAAAGGAUCUGUGUUCAAUUAAUGGAACACCCCCUCCACAGAAGGCAACAAGGGAGUAUGUGGAAUCCCUUAUAUCUUUCUUAGUCAGCAUGAAGGAGGGUCUUAUUCAGGUCAAGGUCAUACUCCAGUGUUGUCCACGACAACAAGAGGAGAUAACUCACUAUCUGUCUCCAUUUCCCAGAAAUCAAUUGUCACAGUCAGCCCUGAUGAAGCAUGGUGACGAACAGUGGAAACACUGCUUUGAUCAUAUUCAGACUUUACAACAGAAGGCCAACACAUUGUUUGACUGUACCAUACCUCUGACAAAGAAACAGCUCAUCACAUGGAGUGACCUUGAGAAAGUGAGAUCUGUGUACAGAGAUUUAAAUGACUGUGUACCUAGACUGACAGAGAUAGAGAAACACUUCUGUGACCCUGAAGACAAAACUCUGCCCUCAUUUAUGGAGACAGUCAGGUACCUCAGACAGGAAAUACACACCAGGUCUGAAAAAUUCACACACUGGGUCAACAUGGAGUCAAAAACACAGAUCAACACAUGGUCAGAUAAGGAUCAGUUAAAGAAAUUGGAUCUAGAAUCAUCAAGGUCAGAUGUAGGACAUACCAGAAGUGAUGACAGUGGAGAGGGGAUUGAGGUGGAGACAUUUAGUCGAAAGGUGGAGAAUCUGAUAGCUGGUCUGUUACUGAGUGUACAGGAACUUACACAGAAUCACAAUCAGAGUGCUGAAAUGGAGAAAGAAGAGGAUAGUGGGACAUUGUUAGAGGGACAUCUAGUCGUCCAUCUUGAUGAAAGAUUAAAGGGAGAUAAACAAUGUCUUCAACUGAAAAAGAUAAUUCAGUCUAUCAAGAGUUUAGUGAAGGAUGUCCUUGACCUUACAGACACAAGUUCAGAUGUCCUGAUCUUUGUCCAGAUUCUAGGACAGUGUCAGCCAUUAGUACAGCAGUACCGAGACAUGGUGGAGUACUACUUACUUCAUAGUUUGGCUGAGAACAGGGUGACAGGGAAACUCCUGUCUGUUCUGUUAGCCGUCUUCACUGAACUGACCUCUAAAGGGUUCUGUGUUCCCGCUGAGUUUGAGGAUGAGGUGGCAGGGGCGGGAGCUACAGAGUUUGAGGACAUUGAGGGAGGGGGGCUAGGUCAAGGUGAAGGGGUCAAGGAUGUCAGUGAUCAGAUAGAGAAUGAAGACCAGCUUGAUGAAGCCAGGAAAGCAGGGGAGGAGAGAAAAGAGGAAGAUUCCUCCCAGCAGCCUGACAUCAGGUCCGAGGAGAAUGCCAUAGAGAUGCCUGACAACUUUGAGGGCAAAGUUCACGACCUUGAGGCAGCAGACCAAGAGGAAAGGUCAGAUGAAGAGGAUGAUGGGAAGGAAGAGGAGCUGGAUAGACAGAUGGGAGAAGUGGAUGGGAAUGACACAGAGAAGUUAGACGACCAGAUGUGGGGGAGUGAUGAAGAGGAGGGGGAGGAUCAGGGGGAAAAAGAAGAAUUUGGCCCAGGAUCCCAGCAGGAGCAGAAGAGUGAACUGGUAGCUAAGGACGACAACCAAGACAAGACAGAAGCAGACGACAAAUCAGAAAAGCAGACGACAGAUGAAAACGAGGCUGAGGAGAAUGAUGAGAACCAGAAACCACAGGAACUGGAGCAGAUAGAUGAAUCAGAAUAUGAUGAUGACAGAAUCGACCCUAACCAUGGUAGCCAGGAACCCCAGCAGGCCCCUGACAACAUGGAUCUCCCUGAUGACCUGAAACUGGAUGAAGAAGAGGCCGGGGUCACAGAAGAAGAUCAAGGUCAAGAAGAGCCUCCAUCAGAGCCCCCUGGUGGUGACACAGAGAUGACAGAGACAGGAGACAAGGGAGAUAAUCAAGACAUGGAACAAACAGAGGAGGACACUGUUUCAGAAGUGGAGCCAGAAAUGUCAGAGGACCAGGACAACCAGACUGGAGAGGAACCAGACAAAGAACCAGAAACCAGGCAAGAGGAAGAAGGAGAGGGGGAUCCAGGAUUUUCUGCUCAGAAUGAACCAACAGAUAUUCAGGAUGAAGAAGACAGCUCUAAGAAUAAGGAUGACAAACCCCAGGCAGCAGAGACUUAUGGGAAGACUUCCCAUGAUUCCCAGAAUGUAGAGCAGUCAGAAUCAGCCCAGGAUCAGGGAGGGGAACCAGACAAUGACCAGAAAGAGAGUGAAGGAACAGGCUGUUCAAACUUAGAAGCUGAAGAUGGUCAUGAAGGUCAAAGUUCAAAGGUUGCUCCAUCAUCCACCAAUCAGUCUCAAAAGUCCGUGAAACGAAAAGCUGGUCAGUCAAAUGAAGACAGAAGUUUAGGAACUAAUGAGAACCAGUUUAAGAAACUGAAGACCAUCGAAGAAUCUUCUGCCACUGAGGAGAGCAAGGAAAAUCAAGAUUCUACAGAAAAAGUCUCAGAGCUGUAUGAACAUAUCAAAGAUACAAAAUCAUCACAUGAUGCCCAGACACUAGAUGUGGCCACUGAUAAACAACAGAUGGAGGAGGCUGUACCUAACAAAGAGGUGGAUCAAGAGAGUGGAGGGGUGGAGGAAGAGGAAGAGGUGAAGAUGGAAGAAGACAAUGAAGAGGAAAUGGAUGAAGCAGUUGAAAAGCUGUCAUCCCACGUAAACACAAAAGACAAACAUAACAAGAAAAGGGAAGGAAUGAAUGAAGAAGGGAUGAAUGAAGAUCAGGAGGAGAUAAUGAAGUAUGAAACAGAGGGUGUCAUCAUGGAAACACUGGGGGCCUCAAGGGGACCAGAAUCUACAAUUCACACCACACUGGAGAAUCUCCACUUAGAAGCCAGGGGUUCAGACUUAGAUAUGGAGAGGCUCAGAUCAGAGUUAGAGGAACAGUUGUCUACCUUUACCAACACAGUAAAUCACACAGCAGAGGCAGAAGAGGCAGCAUCAGAGGCAUGGCACCGAUACGAGGCUUUGACAUCAACUCUGUCCCAGGAACUGUGUGAACAACUCAGGCUAGUGUUAGAACCCUCACAGGCCACAAAACUCAGGGGAGACUACAGAACUGGUAAGAGGUUAAACAUGAGGAAAGUCAUUCCUUACAUCGCCAGUCAGUUCAGGAAAGACAAAAUCUGGCUCCGUCGUACCAAACCCAGCAAACGACAGUACCAGAUCAUGCUGGCUAUAGACGAUUCCUCAAGUAUGGUAGACAACCAUUCCAAACAGUUGGCUUUUGAGUCCCUGGCGUUGAUUUCUAAUGCUCUGACUUUGUUAGAGGCAGGGGAUUUGAGUAUCUGCAGUUUUGGAGAGUCUGUACAAAUCCUUCACCCAUUCACUGAGCAGUUCACAAGUCACUCGGGAUCCAGAUUGUUACAGCAGUUUACUUUUGAACAGAAGAAAACUAAAGUGGCUCAGCUUUUGAAGAAAGCCACAUCAGUGAUGCUGGAUGCUCGCUCCAGACAGCGAGGGAUUCUGGGUAAUCCUGAGACGUCACAGUUACUGCUAAUCGUGUCUGAUGGGCGGGGCUUGUUUAACGAGGGAAUGGAGACAGUGAGAUCUGCUGUCAGACAGGCGCGGGAGGCCAGUGUGUUCCUAGUGUUUGUUAUCAUUGAUAAUCCUCAAAACAAGGAUUCCAUAUUAGACAUUAAAGUCCCAGUUUUCAGGAGUGGGAACCAGCUUCCAGAAAUCAAGCCAUACAUGGAUUAUUUCCCCUUUCCUUUCUACAUCUUACUGCGAGACAUAAAUUCCCUUCCUCAUGUGUUGUGUGAUGCCUUAAGACAAUGGUUUGAACUAGUGACAGCUGUGGAUGUGUGAUCAGUCCUGUGUAGAUGUUGUUUGAUGCCUUAAAUCAAUGGUUGAACUUGUAAUAAAAACUGUGGAUGAAUGAAAAAUUCUGUGUAGAUGGAUAUACUGUGGUUUUGUGAACUACUUUUCUUGUGAACUUACAAGCACAAUGAACACAUACAAUAAUAAUAAUGAUACGAUGUAUGUGCAGUAUAUGUGAGAUGGAAAUUAUGUGAUUUGUCAGAGUUUUUAAGAAGUUGAAGAAACCAUAAAUUUUACUGAUUAAUUCAUUAUGACAAUUUUUGAAUAUUUUGUUUCUGAUGAAACAUUAUACACUUUGAAAUAUUUUUAUACAAUUUUCAACAUAAUGACAAUAAUAACAGAUUUUGCCAAAUGAUUACAGUGCUGUAAUAACCAUGUUAGGUUAUUCAUCUUAGGCGAGAAACAUAAUUAUGAAUCCAUUCCAAUUAUAAAUGAUAAAUCAUUGUUUUGUUCUUAACCUAACAUGUUGAAAAGAGAAUCUUUUUUCAAGACUGUAGGUGCUUGUAACAUUUAUUAUAUACUGGUCUUGCAAAGUAAAAGAUGAUGUAAAAUGUUAAUGUGUGCCAUAAGACACAUUAUGCAGAUGUACCUUUCUUUGAGGGAUGUUGAAGAUUCUUUUGUUAUGUUUAAAUCAAGAGGUUGUUAAGCUUCAGAACACUGGAAAAUAAAGUAUGCUUAAAAUUA